UGUAGACAAUAGCACAAUCACGUUGUUUGGAAGCUGCAAGGGCGAUGCCCACCCUCGGUGGUAAUAAAACAUCAAUCGCGGAGCUCAGCGAACGCGUGUGUUAAACUUCGACUCUCGCUGGUGCGCCCGUCUGCUUAGAUGUGUCUUAGUUCCAUGUCAGAAUCGAUCCCGCCAAUGGCUUUCCGGAUCUAGCGAUCUCAGACUCAGUUCCUUCAACUUGACCCUGAACCAUCAUGCACAACAAUCCGCCCGACGACACAUCGCGUGAUCCCCGCUCGUGCUGGAAGUGGCCCCACUUUCCAGGUACGGUGCAUGAUCCUGACAAUGGUAUAUCCGAGGAAUUGUACGAUGAGCUUGUGAGAUACACAAAGUAUGCGUCUGGCGCGUAUCAAGUCCUGUGCCCGCGUCCGAUGGGAAACACACUGGUUACCCAGUUUAUAGAUCUAAUCACGGCUACCCAAGGAUUCGUUGCUCGCGAUGACACAAGGAAAGAACUCGUGGUUUCAUUCAGGGGUAGCCGUGAGGUUGCGAACGCGAUUGCUGUUACGUCUAUCCUGCUUUCCCCGCUGCGUGGACCAGGGCUGCCAAAGGAUACAGAUACCCACGUGCAUACAGGCUUUCUUUAUGCGUUUAAAAGCGUCGGAGAUCGCGUACUUGAUGUUUUACGCGAGCAGUUUGAUAAGUUUCCGCAGUAUGAUGUAGCUGUGACAGGUCAUUCGCUUGGGGGUGCCAUUGCAUCCAUUGCAGCAUUAUCUAUCAGGAACAGUUUCCCUGAUAAUCCGCUGCGAUUAUUCACAUUUGGCCAGCCAAGGACAGGGGAUCCUUCAUUUGCUGAGCUCGUGGAAACUGUGAUUGGACUGGAUAAUAUUUUUCGAGGCGUGCAUUCAUUCGAUGGCGUGCCGACGGUGAUUCCUACGAGGCUGGGAUAUAGGCAUCACGCUACGGAAUAUUGGCAGUUUACCGAACCACCGGCCCCGCGCCACGUUCGUAGAUGUGUGGGCGGCGAAGACCCGGAAGGCAGUGCAUCCAUACCAUCGACUGGUAUCAAUCCCCCACAUAUGGUGUAUUUUGAACAGCCGAUUGCAUCGGAUCCUACCGUUUGCAUCUGACAUCUGCAAUUUCGGUAUGACCCAGAUAUUCGUGAUAGCCGAUGAACCUCCCUCUUUAGCCCCUUAUUUUCGCAUGUGUGUAUAUUUCUGUUCUCAGUCAUACUCCUAGUGCGUCUAUCAUGAAGGCGUCCAUGGAUUUAUUGCAGGAAGUCACAUGGACGAGGUUGUACUAGUUGAGUUCCCAUUGUGUAUUAUUGUACGAAUCACUGUGGCACUUUUGAAACUGCUCAUGUGACGAAGAUAUUCUGCC